AUGCUUGGUUGCUCUGCCUACCUCGGAACAGCUACGGCUCAGACCCUCCAAGUGGACCUUGACUACGGCUCAUUUGAGGGAAAGCUCUCAACGAUCAGCAACAUCAGCUAUUGGGUUAAGAUCCCCUUUGCGGCGCCUCCGACGGGGGAGAACCGAUUCCGCGCGCCGCAGCCACCACUUAACGUAUCCGGUGUGUACGACACUGACCUCAGCUUUCCGCGUUGCCCACAACUUGGAGUGAACGGAUCGGAGGAUUGCCUGUACCUGGGGGUCUACUCGCGACCCUGGACCACGGGCCAGCCGCUGCGACCCGUCUACGUCAACUUCUUCAGCGGCGGGUUCGUCCAAGGAUCGGCCUCGUCGGGCCCACCGGGGCUGAACGCCGCCUCACUCAAGGUCAGCGCGGCCAACGACUUUGUGGGCGUCGGCCCCAACUACCGCACGAAUGCCUUUGGCUUCCUGCCGGGAAGCGAGGUCUUCGAGGCCGCCGACGCCGACCUGAACGUCGGCCUGCUGGAUCAGCAGUACGCGCUAGAGUGGGUGCAGAAAUACAUCCACCUCUUCGGGGGAGACCCUGGAAAUGUGACCCUCUGGGGCACUAGUGCUGGUGGGGGUAGCGUCGUCGCCCACACGAUCGCCCACGACGGGCAGACUCAACCCCCUCUCUUCCGCCGCGGCAUUAUGGAUAGCCCUUACUGGCCCAAGACCUACGCCUAUAAUGCCCCGGAGUCGGAGGCUAUUUUUGACUCCUUGGUCAUCCUGACCAACUGCUCCUCCUCCGACACGGCUGGUAAUAGUAGUACUACCACUGCCGGCAAUGGUCAACUAGCGUGCUUGCGUGCCCUCGACGUGGACGUCCUCAAUGCCGCCGCCUACACCAUCACCAAGAGCGACAAAUACGGCCCCAGCAUGUUCACCUGGGGCCCCGUCAUCGAGCCAGACACCGGGUUCCUGACGCAAACGCUGAGCGAGGCCGUCCAAAACCAGCGCCUCAACGGCGAAGCCUUUAUUGCCACAUACGCCCAGUUGGAAGGGGAGUACUUCCUACCCUCUGCCCUCAACCGCUCCACCUCGUCGGGCGACCCGCCGCUCAACGACACGGUCGCCGCGUUCGGGGUAUGGCUGACGGAAUUCCUCCCUAGCCUCAAUACCAGCACGCGCGCCCGCCUGGAGACCCUCUACCCGGUCGAGGGUGCCACCGAAACCAUCGGGGCGUACAACCAGACCUGGGUGCGCGCCGAACUCGUCUUCCGCGAUCUCGUGCUCGCCUGCCCGGGCCACUGGAUUGCUGGAGGAGCGAAGACCGGUGGUUACCAAAUCGAGUACACCAUCCCGCCGGCCAACCACGGCGACGAGGCCCAGUGGUGGGCCGGCGUUGAGCCCAUCCAGGCGGAAUACCCGCUCGUCUACGAGGGCUUUGCUGGUGCUUACGCCUCUUUUGUCCAGACGGGUGAUCCCAAUGCCCAUAAGCUUACCAACGACACCCAGCCCGCCCUGCCGGAACUGCGCACAACACAGGAGGAGUUUGUCGUCACCCUCGAGGGUUUCGAGAAGGUCGCCCUCGAUUACCUUCCGGCGCGCUGUGACUUUUGGCUGGAUGUGGCGCCGUCUAUUCCUGUGUAG